AUGAACGGGCUUAUCGUUCUCGCGUCAUUACUAUUCGUAACAUUUUCUUUAAUUUAUUACAUAUUGAGUAAAAAACUCAGCUACUGGAAAAAAAAGAAUGUGCCACACGCAGACCCAUUGCCUAUUUUGGGCAAUUAUGGGGACUACAUUUUGCAAAAAGAAUACCCGGGAAAAGUGGUCCAGAAAUUGUGUCACAAGUUUAAGAAUGAACCCUACUUCGGAGCUUACUUCGGCACAUUGCCCGUCCUAGUAGUGAAAGACCCCGAGAUCAUCAAACAUGUGUUAACAAAGGACUUCUACUACGUCAGCGGCAGGGAAUCUUCCCAUUAUUAUGAUCAAGAGGUGAUGACUCAAAACAUGUUCUUCGGUUCAGGGGAUCGCUGGAAAGUAUUGAGACAAAAUCUAACGCCUCUCUUCUCUUCGCUAAAGAUGAAAAAUAUGUUUUAUUUGAUUGAAAAGUGUACAAUCGGCUUCGAAGAUAUGCUAAACAAAGAACUUAAAAUGUCUAAUGUCGUUGAAGUAAGAAGUGCAGUUGCAAAAUACACAAUGGACAGUAUAUGUUCCUGUGCUUUUGGAGUAGAGGCUCACACCAUGACAGAAAAGGAAAACAACCCCUUCCAAUUCAUGGCUAACGAAAUAUUCGAGUCAUCGAAAUAUCGGGGCUUCAAAAUUAUUUGUAGAGCUGCAUGGCCAUCCAUUUUCUAUGGUCUCGGAUUCAAAUUAUUCCCUAAGACUAUUGACAGAUUCUUCUCCAACCUUUUGACCGGUGUCUUCGAAAGCCGAAACUACAAGCCAUCGCCAAGGAAUGAUUUUGUCGAUCUGCUCUUGAAUUUCAAGACAGAGGAUUAUAUAGUUGGGGAUAGUUUAAGUAAUGUGAAAACAGGGGAGGAGAAGAAGGUGAAACUGAAAGUAAGUGACGAGGUGCUGAUUGCGCAGAGUGUUAUGUUCUUCUCUGCUGGUUUCGAGACGUCGGCGACUACCACGAGUUUUACUUUGUUUGAGUUAGCAAAACACCCAGAGCUGCAGGAACGGGCUGCUGCGGAGGUGGACGAGUUCUUACGUCGUCACAACAACAGGCUGGUGUAUGAUUGUGUGACGGAGCUGCCUUACUUGGAGGCUUGUAUGUAUGAGGCCCUGCGGAUGUACCCAGUGAUAGGCAACUUGACCCGUGAAGUCAUGGAUGACUACGUUCUGCCUACAGGCUUGAAGUUAGACGCAGGUGUCCGCGUCCAUAUACCAGUGUAUGACAUGCACUACAAUCCCGAAUACUUCCCUGAACCUAAAAAGUACAAUCCAGAACGUUUCAUGCCUGGAAAUAAGGAGCAUAUUAACCCUAAUACGUUCUUUGCAUUCGGAUCUGGACCCAGACUGUGUAUAGGAAUGCGCUUCGCAAAGAUGCAAGUAUUGUCAGGUCUCAUCACUUUCCUGAAGAAGUACAAAGUGGAAUUGGCAGACGGAAUGGCAAGAGAGUUAGAGUUUGACCCCAAGACAUUCUUGACCCAACCUCUGGACAACUGCAUCGCAUUAAAAUUGACCGAACGCGAAGGAUGGCAGCAAAGGAAUUACUUAAGAACUUAA